UUCGUAUCGGUCAGAAUUUGUCACACUUCACGUAUAAUGGGUGACGUGUCUACAUAGUAAAAACAAUCUCAAGGGGGAUAUCAAACAACAAAGAUGAAUUGCGAGAACGACACAAAACCAAAACCUUCAUUCGAGCUGACUGGCAAUCCAACAUAACCACGUAAACAGCGGAGCCGUGGUUUUGUGAGUUAAAGUUUUUCGUAUUGAAGCGUGGAAGCAUCAAUUAAGCGAAAUACGACUUACUUCGUGCUUAAACCAAACAUACGCCGUAAAACAACGGUUUUCAUAAGGGGUGGUACUGUAUCUCCGUCACGUAUACUGGGCUGCCUCGGGGAGCUACAGUUCUGCAGCUAAGUAUUUGAUUUGGCUUCGUUCAUCGACGGACAGUGGGGUUUGACGUUGAAAUGUAUCAUUGGAAUUACUUUUGGACUUUUUUGAUAUACAUUAAUUUCACAUUAGCGACAUCAUCAGGAAAUACACAACGUACAAGCGAGGCCACAAAUUUGAUUGAAGCAUUCGACAGAGCAACGCGAGAAAUCCGUUCUGCCAGAGCCUCUAUACAGGAAGUUCAACGUGAAAGUAACCAGUUACAAACAGAUAUGUGCAGGUUUGGGGCGGCCAACAACCAUGCCUGUGGCAUUGCGAUUUUCGACAGUCGUAAUCCCGGAAGGAGAGAGGAGGAGCUCGAUAAUUUAGAUAUGAAAUCCCCAAAACGUGAAACUAAAUCGUUUAAACAAAGACGAGACAAUCCACAAACAGAGGAGGAAAGGAUAGCGUACAUCGCUAAAUUAGCAAAGAGACGCCAAGAUAUGGACAAAAUAUUGGAAUUGCUGGAUGAAAAAGAGAAAAGCAUAAAAGUGUUAAAAAAAAGGACAUGUGCAGUUGAGCUAGGAGGGGCAUGCAGGACGGAAUGGGCCUCGGCAAUCGCUGACCAGUAUUAUUACUUAAUGGGACCUCAUGGUCCCGGAAAAAGAAGAAGACGGCGGUCACUGUACAAUGUACUGACGGGAAAAUUAUCGCAUAUAUCCAGUAAAAACUGAGAAAAUGAACACCUUCAGUUCUGAACCAAAGUGAUGCGCUUUGUACAUCUGUGAUCUCCUCUGAACAGAAUCGGCUUUAACAAAAAUAUAAAUGGAUAUUUCCUUGUAUAUACUAUCAUCUUUUUUCAUUUAUUUUCUUCUUAUUCUCUACGUUAUCUUCUUAGUGUGUACAAGUCUUAUUUUUACAGCAUCGCAGUAUAUCAUAUUAUAUGACAUAUAGAUUGAUAAUGUAUGAAUUGUUUUAAGCAAAGUUAAAAAUAUUUCACAACGUUAUGUAAUUUUUCAGAGAAACAACUCAAGUAAUCUUUAUAUCUCGAUUGUUUAUGAUUUUAAGAAUUUUAGAAGAAUAAAGAAACCAUGUGAACUAAGAAAAA